CAGCUGAAACGCAAUUAUUUCGAUUAUUUCAGUAUGUAUUCCAAAAUUUUGUUUGUAAAUUAGUUUUCUAACACGAUUUUUUGCAACAAUGUUGAACUCAGGAUUAUCGCAAGUAUUACCAAAGAUGUUAGCAAUCAAACCACUUCGCAUAAUAGCAUUGAUACACCCGCCAAAAAGGUAUCUGUCUCAGGAAUCGACAGCCCAUGUAAAUCCUCCCCCAAACGUAGAUCAACGGGAGGUGGACACACUGGCUAAGCUUGCUGAAGAUUGGUGGAACCCAACCGGACCGCUGAAAGGUCUUCACUCAAUGAAUUCCCUUCGAGUGCCGCUGAUUCGCGAUGGACUGAUUGCCACGAAUGUAAUUCCGCAGGAGCAAAUCCAAUCGCCCCAGGUACUUAAAGGAGUUAACAUACUGGAAGUUGGUUGUGGAGGUGGCAUUCUUACGGAGGCACUUGCCAGGAUCCAUGCCGAAGUAGUUGGAAUCGAUCCGGGCGAGAAGUUGAUUGGUGUGGCGAGAGAACACGCCGAGCGAGAUAGAAAAAUUUCCUCCAGAAUUCAGUAUCUGGUGGAAACUGUUGAGGAUCAUGCCCGGAAGAAUGUGGAAAAGUACGAUGCGGUGAUAGCGUCGGAGGUGCUGGAACACGUUAACGACAAACCGGCGUUUCUGGAGCACUGCAUAAUGGCGCUGAAACCGGGCGGAUCGAUUUUUAUUACGACGCUCAAUCAGACGACUGCAUCGUGGGUGGGAGGAAUUGUGGCUGCAGAAUACAUACUGAAGCUGGUCCCUGAGAAUACCCACGAUUGGGAUAAGUUCAUAGCGCCUUUGGACCUGCAGCGUAUCCUGAAGACAUUCAAUUGCACGACGGUUCUGGUUCAUGGAAUGUCGUACGAGUUUUGGAGAAACAGCUGGUCCUGGUGCAAGAGGAUGGACAUAAACUACGCAGUGCAGGCGGUGAAACUAGCGGACAAUUGAAGCUGUAUUUCAAAUAAAGUAGUUAUUUGUAAUUCUUAAA